AUGGAUGAUGCUGAGGUCAAGUUGUUGAAGAGACUGUCAUCCGCCACGUCCUUUAGCUCUGAGCCUGAACCUCGCUUCACGAGUAGAAGGAAAGUUGGCAGGCCAAUAAGCCUUGUUCACCUUGCCCUGGAGUCCAGCAUUCUUUUGGUACUCAUUGCAGUCCUUGUCCUGCUCAUUCGUGGCCCUGUGGCGCCGCGGAUGGUCAAGAAUGAUUUUAAAAAUCGGAAAGCUGGAAUUGAUUUAAGCGGCAUCGUUCCUGCAGAUGUCAGCACCAGGACGAUGAUCAAGCCAUGGGAGCCUCAUGUAUUCCAAAUUGAACCGGCAGCCUUUACAGACCCAGGCCUGCUCAAUCGCACCGUGAAUACGUGGAGGUCAAUGGGUACCUUGUUCGUUCAAGCCUCCUCGUAUGAUGGGCAAGGACGUGAGAAACCUCUUCCCCUAGAUCUGUUUGAGGUGUCCGCAUUCCACCAAAUACAUUGUCUGUCAGCCAUUCUUGAAGACUACGGUAACCUGGCCCAAGGCAAAGCAGUCCCGCAGCUCCCCGGCAGCAUGAAAUUAGAGCACUUGACAUGGGCCGAACACAGUGCACACUGUUUCAACUAUGUAUUUGAUGCUAUCAGGUGCUUUGCGGAUAGCACUGCUGAAGGGGGGAGUCCCGGUGAGCCAACCGUUGUGCAUCGAACCGCAGCUCACGUUUGCAAUGAUUUCGAUGCGCUACUUGCAUGGAGUCGACAGCCAGAACAGCAGAUGCCGGAUUCGGUUCGCCCAGUAGAUUAA